CACACACACAGUAGUCUCGCACCAGUGCCUUCGCUCGCUUCCCUGUCGAGAAUAAAACCGGGUCAUGCUGUGGCUCAUGAGCUUGGGCCUCUCGCUGGUCUUCAAGGGCGGUGCAGUCCGCGUGGAAGAAGACUGUUUGGUCCAGGAUCAGCUCCUCAUAAAGAUACCGAAUCCCGGACCGGCUUCCUUCUUCGCCUACGUCCAACACAAUGGCUUUAUAUUCACGGCAAAACUUGUCUGUACUGUACCGCAACGACUCAUCUUUCUCAAUGUUACUAGUCGAGACGUCGUUUGGGAAGAUCGUUUUGCAAAACACAAGAAACAAGAAAGAACAAAGUCCCCGACAUCGAAAGAGGGAUGGAUGAGAUUUGUUGUCCAAGCGGAAACCUUACAACUUUCAGACGCCGAAGGACGUUUUUGGACCACCUGGCAGAAGUCUAGAAAGUGCAACUCCUUCAACAUUUCGAUUAACGGGGUGUUGGCUAAACAGCUGUGUGGCGGCGCAGCGAAGUGGCUAGUGACCAAAGACCAAUGCGCUUACGUCCACCUCCCACCUGCGAGUAACAACACGUUGAGUGUUAACUUCUUGUCAAACCAAUCCUUUGUUCCUGUUCUUAUGAGCGAAAUUUUCACGGCAAAAUUGGUUCGUCGGAAUGGCGAUGUGGUUCUUGUGAAAGACGAGACGUGUAGCGGAUGCCAACCCCUGGACGGUGAACACAAUGUCCUGCGCUUCCCUUUGUCCGCAAGCAGCCAGUUCACCAAUUCGUCGAGCACUGCCACACAGAUGGCCGGGAAGGCGUCUCCUCUUGCGGUGAAGGUGUGUUCGUCGUCAGGAGGAUCGUUCGUCGUCAGUGUGCGGCAGACACAGGAGGAUGAGUUCGAACCAUCGCCUAACCUAUAUAUCUAUGUGACGGCAGUAGCUGCGUUGCUGAUGCUCAUAUUAGCAUUUGCAGCAAUAACAAAGUCCUAUCAUCGCAACAAUAAUAAGCUUCCAGAUCCGCCCGUCGAGGAGGAACAAGACGAAGGACCUGCUACAGACUGUGCUGAGGAACCUGGUCUGCCCACGAUGUAUCGCUAUGCAAACAUCGAAUCACUUUACUUUAACCCAUUGUUCCAUCCGGUAAUAAGCCACCAGACUUUGCCAUACCCUGUCUUGUUUGGCGAAAAUCUCGCCCCGCAAGAACGUGACCUAGCGGUAGAUUCCGUCUCGUGUUCUUGCCAGACAGGACGAACAUGGAGCCAGCGAAGUCCGAACAGAACGGCGAGGGAAACCGAGACGCUACCCAUUCCCGGUUCAGAAUACGGUCCAGAUCCCGUUCAGCUAAUCUCAGCUGCUAACCCGGUCGACGUCCUCUCGAAUCCCGGUUCGAGGCAGAGUUGUGUGUCGUUCCCGGUCACAGGGCGGAGGCAGCCUUUCCAAGAGACCUACUACGACGAGAUGGUUCCCUUGGCCAACCUCCGGCCGCCGUCGAACUCGUUUGCGAUAGGUGACCCCAGCUGCUACGAGACCCUGAACAACCUCUACGACCCGGCAGACCCCCUCAUUCAACCUGGCUCGACCCCCCCGCUACCGCUACGACCUUCUCCGCUCCUCCCGUCCGGCCGCCGCUCACGACCCUUGCCACAGGAGGAUCAAACUUCGCCUCCUUCUGCUUCCAGAGAAUCUCCUGCCUGACUGACGGGCGCAAUGACUGAGUUUUGAAUGAUGAAGGUUGAAUAUUGCAGACUCUCGCAUUCUCCAUAGUUUAGAUGUGUGAUGUAUUGUCCACAUAACCGGACAAGUAAUGAAAAUAUACUUAAAUAUGCUAUUUGACACACUUGUCUCAUACGCAAUCAGAUGCUCGUUUGUUCACCGUUUACAAUUUAAAUACCGAUGUCAAUAGAUCAAAAGUUUUAAGCAUUAGUGGAUUUAGCCUACAUUUAAUUCCUACUUCCACAUCUAGUAUUCCUAGAUAAUCUGAACACGAAAUGCCUGAUGUGUAUGUAAAUUAUUUUACUCCUCUUACGCCUGUUGUGUUUCAGCAUAAUAUCGUUGGAUGUUUAUAAAUGUAUGUCAUAC